AUGUCUUAUUUAGGAGCGGCGUCCGUCUUCCGCCCCGGUCUGACCGUCUUUAGGCUCCUGAGUGCCGUCGGAAUGGAGGACAUGGGUCCGGCUCUGAGUCGGUCCCCGCUGGAGCGGCUAUGUUUCGAUAACGUCGCGCUGCGGAAGCUCCCCGUGGAGCCGUCCGAGGAGCUGGGGGUGCGGCAGGUGAAAGGAGCCUGUUUCUCUCGGGUGAAGCCGCAGCCUUUGGUCAAGCCUCGCUUCGUGGCUGUUUCGGACGGAGCCCUGGCCUUACUGGGGCUCAGAGGAGAGGAGGUCUGGAACGACCCUCUCGGACCGGAAUACCUCAGCGGCUCCAGGGUCGUGCCCGGUUCCGAGCCCGCUGCUCACUGCUACUGCGGACACCAGUUCGGCCAGUUCGCCGGGCAGCUGGGCGACGGAGCAGCCUGCUACCUCGGGGAGGUCAAAGUUCCAGCUGGCCAGAAACCUGAAGUCCUGCGGGAGAACCCGAGCGGCCGCUGGGAGAUUCAAGUGAAGGGAGCUGGACUGACCCCGUACUCCAGACAAGCAGAUGGCCGUAAGGUCCUGCGUUCCAGUAUAAGAGAGUUCCUGUGCAGCGAGGCAAUGUUCUUCCUGGGUGUGCCGACUACCAGAGCAGGAUCCGUCGUGACCUCUGACAGCAGGGUCAUGCGUGAUGUGUACUACAGUGGACACCCUUGCCUUGAGAGAUGCUCCGUGGUUCUCCGCAUUGCUCCCACCUUCCUCAGGUUUGGAUCCUUUGAGAUCUUUAAGCAGGCAGACGAAUACACAGGCUGCCAGGGUCCCAGCUAUGGUUGCGAUGAGAUCCGAGGUCAGAUGAUGGAUUAUGUCAUUGAGAUGUUCUACCCAGACAUCCAGCAAUAUUACCCAGACAGAGUGGAGAGGAACGUGGCAUUCUUCAGAGAGGUGAUGCUUCGUACAGCUCGUCUUGUGGCUCAGUGGCAGUGUGUGGGCUUCUGCCAUGGGGUCUUGAACACAGACAAUAUGAGCAUCCUGGGACUGACACUGGACUAUGGACCGUAUGGCUUCAUGGACAGGUUCGAUCCUGAUUUCAUUUGCAAUGCUUCGGAUAACUCUGGCCGCUACUCUUAUCAGGCCCAGCCGGCUAUAUGCAGGUGGAACCUGGUGAAACUUGCAGAAGCUCUCGCUCCAGAGCUUCCACCAGACCGGGCCAAGGCUGUUAUGGAAGAGUAUCAGGGUCUCUAUAAUGUUUACCAGGAAAUCAUGAGGAAGAAGUUGGGUUUGCUUAAGAAGGAGGAGCCUGAGGAUGAGAGCUUGAUCACUGAACUCCUGCAGACCAUGCACAACACAGGUGCUGACUUCACAAACACCUUUCGUACCUUGAGUCAGAUUUCCUGUCCCAUCAAAGGAGAAGGUGAAGGAGAAGAGAGCCUUGUCAACCAAGCCACAGACCUCCUGCUUCAACAGUGUGCAUCUAUAGAAGAGCUCAAGGCUGCCAACAAACCCACGAUGGAUCCACGUGAGCUGGCGAUGCUGCUGUCUCUGGCUCAGAGCAGUCCAGCCCUGUUUCAGAUGAUCUCAGACAGAAUGACAAUAGCAAGACAGCUAGAGAGGCUCAGCAAAAUGAAAGAGUUAAUGGACAGCAGCCAGGAAGAGCUGAAGAGCAAACAAGCUGAGGAGUGGACCAGCUGGGUUACACGAUACAGGAAACGUCUGUCCCGGGAGCUGGAAGGUCAGAGCGACGUGCAGGCUGUGCAGGAGGAGAGGCUGAUGGUGAUGGACGGCACCAACCCACGUGUGGUUCUCAGGAAUUAUAUUGCCCAGAAUGCAAUUGAGGCUGCUGAGAACGGAGACUUUUCUGAGGUCCAGCGGGUCCUCAAAGUCUUGGAGAAGCCUUUCAGUUCUCAGCCAGGUCUGGAGCUUCCAGCAUGGGUUGGCCGAGGAGGGGAAAGGGAGCAAGGAGAGAGGGAUGAAGGAGAGGAUCAACAGCAAGCAGCAGCGUCGACAUCAGUGUCGACAUCAGUGACCAAGAAUCCUGUUCCCUACGACAGCAAACCCCCAAGUUGGGCUCAUAAAAUUUGUGUCACCUGA